AUGGGUUCUAUUGCUCCUACUCUGCCGGAGCUUGAUGCCUCCUUCAUCAAGGUGACCCGUACCACCACUCCCCGGGAGGUCCCUCUGCCUGGGUCUCCCGAGGAAUUGAGCCAUUCCCACUGUACAGAUCAUAUGGUUACCGUGCGGUGGACGUCGAGUGCAGGAUGGGACACGCCGGAGGUGAAGCCCUUUCAGAACCUCAGCAUCCCCCCGACGGCGUCUUGCCUGCACUACGCGACAGAGUGUUUCGAGGGCAUGAAGGCAUACCGAGGAUACGAUGGGAAACUGCGUCUGUUCCGUCCCGACUGCAAUGGCGAGCGACUUGUCAUGAGCUCGCAGCGAAUCUCUCUGCCAGGGUUCAAGCCUGAAGAGCUCAAGCUUUUGAUUGCAAAGCUUUUGCAGAUUGACGGGCCUCGUUGGCUUCCCAAAGAUAGACCCGGUCGAUUCCUGUACAUUCGCCCCACGCUGAUCGGCAACGGAACACAACUGGGCGUGCAGGUGCCCAAGGAGGCGCUCCUCUUCAUCAUUGCCGUUCCCUGGCCCGACCCAUCGCAGAAGAUCGGUCUGAAGCUUCUCGCCUCCCGACCGGAGACCAUCCGAGCCUGGCCCGGCGGGUUUGGCUCCGCCAAAUUGGGCGCCAACUACGGCCCUUCCCUGCAGUUCCACGGCCAGGCCCAGGCUGCCGGGUUCGACCAGGCCCUGUGGCUAUUUGGCCCGGACCGCCAGAUCACCGAGGCGGGGGCCAGCAACUUCUUCCUUGUCUGGGAUAACAAGACGACGGGUAAGCGCGAGCUCGUCACCGCACCGCUCGACACCCAGAUCAUUCUUCCGGGUAUUACCCGUCGGAGCGUGCUGGAACUCGCGCUCUCGAGACUGGCCACGAAGCAAGUCGGUGGUCUGGCGCCCGUGGAGGUCGUCGAGCGUACCUUUACGAUGGAUGAGCUUACCCAGGCGUGGAAAGAGGGUUGUAUCGUGGAAGCUUUUGUUUCUGGCACUGCUUUCUUCAUCACACCCAUCAUGUUGAUCAGAGACGGAGAUCUCGACAUCACCCUGCUUUCCGAGGGCGAACGUGCCGGAUACGCCGCGCAGAUCAAGACCUGGCUCGAAGCCAUCAUGUACGGACGGGAGGAGCACGAAUGGGCAUAUGUGAUUGAGGGGGAGAGCGAGAAGAAUAUAAUUUGA